GUCGACAUCGGUUCUAGUUAUGCACCUGGAUGAGUGAGCAAGUUGGACGAUUGAGAUGGUAUGUCGCGACCGCAUGGCCUCCAGCCGAACGCCUUGAUCUAUUCCCAUCACCUCUCGCUAUCUGAAAUGGCUGAGGUCGUAGGAACUAAUGCACGCGCCAAGGAUCAGCCCAGAAGCAAGUGCACAUGGUACGAGGCAAAAAUCCUCCACGAACAAACGCUCUGCAUAAACACGUGCAUAAUGCGGAGGCCGCUCUUCUUCCCUGGCUUUGUGGCGUGGCCGCGUCAGUGGACGACAAGGUUACAAAAUACUAAUACGGCUCUUGCCAACUCUAUUUGUCUCACUGCGUAUCUCAGACCGGCCGCCGCUCUACGGCAUGCUGUACAAUUGAUAUACUUACUUCCUGAAGCCGCUGUGUUUGCGGUCUAUUGACGAUAGAUUGACGAUUCAGAAGGUGACGGACCGGACGCGGCCCGCACGUAGCGUGUCCUUGGAGCGUACGUAGUCUGGCUUUAGACGAGACGUCACCAAAGUGGGCCUGGCGAAGGUACUGUACUAUCGAUUCGCUGGCUGAUCUCUCUGUCACGGCCAAUAGCCAACGGUAUACCUCUGUCGGCAGGGGCAUUGGGCGUACCUGUGACUCUCAGGAAGCACUUCAGUUGUCCGCGAGCUCGCAGUAUGCGUCAUUCAACGAGCAGUCAUCUGGCAAAAGACUUCCGAUGGAAGGACUCGCCGCACAAGCAGAGAACCAUGAGCGCGGUCAUCUGCGUAACUCUAACUUGUGUUCUAUCUGCACUGGUAAUCGUUGGAUGGGGUAAUGGAUUCAGCUCACGAGCGACUCUUGGCGACAUGCGGUGGUCAUUCUCUAUCAUCACAGCGCUACUGUCUCUUGUACGCCUUCCUGGUGCCUCGUCGCAGACUUCUGGUCUCGCACCGAAGCAGUUCUUGAAUUUACUUCUUGGAGAGGUUAAGCCGUCAGGUUGGCUCUAUGACCAGCUGAUGGUGCAAACGAACGGUCUAGCUGGGCAUGAACGUGACUUCUAUGACUAUGUUGCCGACACUGACUGGACUGGGGGGACAUCGUAUUACUCAAACCUGGAAGAAGCCGGAAGCUACUGGUUUAAUGGUAUGGUUCCGAACGGGAUCCUCAUCGACGAUACCACAAUUCAGAACCAGACGCAGUACUUCCUCGACUACGUCAUCGACCAUCAAGACUCGACCGGGUGGCUCGGUCCCGAAGUGAACACCACGAAGCCUCGGUACCUCUGGGGUCGCUACCCAUUCUUUUUUGGCGCUAUCCAGAUGAUGGAAGCGAACUCGUCGCUCGCUACGCGUGUCGUCCCUUCGUUGUACAAGUUUGUGCAACUCUCCAACACGAUGUUGCACAACGGUGAAGGCCUUGAAGAUUGGACCAAUACCCGCUGGGAAGACUUUGUCAUCACCUUGCAAUGGUUGUACGACUUCUAUCCUGACGGAAACGAAGAUCUGCUACUUGACACUAUGAUGAUGCUCAAGACUACUGGCGAUCCUUGGGAGGAUGUGUUCAAGGAAGAGUAUUUCCCAAAGAGUGCAGUCGAGAAUCUGACGAAUCCGUUCCCCGUAUUGACCUGGCACGGCGUUAAUAUGGCUGAAGGACUGAAAGCCCUACCGUCAACGUACAGAUUCUCGCACAAUCAGUCAGACCUGGACGCCGCGAGCUUGGGGUGGGACCUGCUGUUCCAGUACCACGGACGGCCCUCAGGCAUCUACGCGGCAGACGAGUACCUGGCGGGUCUAGAGGCGGCUCGAGGAACCGAGCUGUGUUUGGUAGUGGAAACCAUGUUCUCGGGGUCUUACCUCUAUCAAGUAAUUGGUGACCCAAAAUUCGCAGACAGGGUUGAACGCAUCGCCUACAAUGCGCUGCCUGCCGAACUGACAGGAAACAUGUGGUCUCGGCAAUACCUGCAGCAGCAGAACCAGAUCGCAGCAAAGAACAUGUCGCCGGAUCCUUUCCCGACAGAUGGGUCCUAUUCUAAUGUAUUCGGUCUGGAGCCUAAUUAUCCAUGCUGCACUGUCAACCACCCUCAGGGCUGGCCAAAGUUCAUCAGCAACGCGUUCGUCACGACUCCUGACAAAACUUCGCUUGUGCAUGUUUACCUGGGCCCCUUUUCUACGCAGACGACGCUGGCCAAUGGAAAUUCUGUCACUGCAACCGUUGACACGCUGUAUCCGUUCAGCGACACUCUCACCACGACGAUCGAGGCUCAGAGUGCGUUUACGUACCAAGUGCGCAUCCCAAGUUGGGUCUCGAACGGCACCAUCUCUGUAAACGGGGAAGCGCCCGAGGCGGUCUCCCCUUCGAAUGGCCUGCAGUCGGUCUCUGUCAAGGCCGGGACCACCAAGAUCGUGCUGGACCUUCCUGCAGAGAUCACCCUUGAAUCGCGACCGCACAACUCAGUUGCGGUGCAUCGGGGCCCGCUCCACUACGCCUUCGACAUCUCGCGUUCUUCCAAAGUGCUGGCACAGAACGCCCAGCAGCCCAUGGCCGUCGACCUCGAGUUCGACGCCACAGAGCAGUGGCAGUACGCGAUCGACACGUCGUCGCUGCAGUUCCACAACUCUCCACCGAGUUCCGGCAGCUUGCCGUCUCCGAUUUUCGACUCCGGUCUGCCGCCGAUGACCAUCUCCGCCAUCGCGUGCGAGAUCGACUGGAGCGUGGCGGGUGACACCUUCGCCAGCCCUCCACCGAGUAACCCCCAGUGCACUGGGCCUGCAAAGAACAUUACCCUCUCGCCGUUCGGGUCUACCAAGCUCAGGAUUGGUGAAUUCCCCGUGGCAAAUGUUACCGCUUGAUGCAGAUCUUGUAGGGAUCGUGGAGCUCGAAUAAGAAUUCGAAACUCCUGUACGUAUGGCUUAUGACGUAUCUCAGUCUUGAAACAACUCGACUUGUAUUGCUGUGGACUACUACUAUCUG